AUGAACAACGCCCAGAUAGCCGAAACAUUCGAGAACAUCGCCGGCCUACUUGAAAUGAAGGGCGAGAAGGUCUUCACCAUCCGCGCCUACCAGCGCGCCGCCCGCACCAUCGAGCGCCUGCCCAUGGAACUCCAGGACAUGCUCCGCGACGAGCAAGACCUGCGAACGAUUCCCGGCAUCGGCAAGGCCAUCUCAGAAAAGAUCGCCGAGAUGGUCGAGACAGACUCCCUGCGCUACUACGACAACCUCAAGACUGAGUUCCCAGACGGCAUCCUCGAAGUAAUGCAAAUCCCUGGAUUGGGACCAAAGACCGUGCGCCGACUCUGGCAGGAUCUUGGCGUAACCGACAUCCCCGGACUACAAGCAACCAUAGAUGACGGCAGCCUAGCGUCCCUACCACGCCUCGGCAAGAAGACCGCCGAGAACAUCGCUCGCCAGAUCCAGUUCCAACGCAGCCAGAGCAAGCGAAUGCCAAUCGCACGCGCGCAGCCGAUCUGCGACAGGCUAAUCGGAUCACUGCAGGAACAAUGCCCCAGCAUUAGGCGCAUCGUCCCCGGCGGGAGCCUGCGCCGUUUCGAGGAGACCAUCGGGGACAUUGACCUGGUAUGCACCGCUGACGACCCCUCUCAAGUGCUGAAUGCGCUCGUCGCAAUGCCCAACGUUGCCGAUGUAAUCGGACACGGUGACACUAAGGCGUCCGUGUAUCUCACCGACGGGAUUCAGGUUGACCUGCGUGUGGUGAACGAGCGGCACUUUGGAGCGCUGCUGCAAUACUUCUCAGGAAACUUGCAGCACAACAUUCUGCUGCGCGACCGGGCAAACGCCCUUAACCUGUCAUUGAACGAGUACGGAAUCACAGACAGGGAAACAGGCGUCAUCGAAGAGUUCCCCGACGAAGAGACGCUCUACAACCGUCUGGGCUUGCAAUACAUACCACCUGAACUACGACAGGGUGUCGGCGAAGUAAAGGCAGCCCUCGAAAACAGGAUUCCGCGACUAGUCGAAGUGUCAGACAUCCGCGGCGACCUUCACGAUCACAGCGAUUGGAGCGAUGGGCGCGACCCCAUGGAAGCGAUGGUACUCGCGGUUAAAGAACGCGGCUUGGAAUAUCUUGCAAUGACCGAUCACUCUGUCGGCAGGGGAAUCGCAAACGGGCUUAGUGUAGAGCGGCUCGAAAGGCACAUGGCGCUUGUCCGCCAACUCGAGUGCGACAUCGGCGGCAUUCGCCUGCUAUGCGGCACCGAGAUGGACAUCCGCGCGGAUGGCAGCCUCGACUACGAUGACGAUGUUCUUGAGCGCCUAGACUGGGUGAUAGGCUCCAUUCAUUCCGGUAUGGGUCAGGACGUAGCCACAAUGACUGAGCGUGUCAUUAAGGCGAUGCGCAACCCUCACGUAGAUGUCAUCGGUCACCUCAGCACCCGGCUCGUUGGCGAACGACAACCCGUAGAAGCCGACUAUGAAGCCAUAUUCAGGGCGGCGGCGGAAACCGGUACCGCUUUAGAAAUCAACGCCUCGCCGGAGCGCCUGGACCUCAGAGACAGCCACGCGGCCCGCGCCCGCGAACUUGGCGUCCCCCUUGCCAUCAGUACCGAUGCCCAUACCAUCGAAGCGCUGAACAACACCCGCUUCGGAGUUGGCGUGGCGCGCAGAGCGUGGUGCGAACCUCACCACAUCCUCAACACUCUACCCUUCGGCAGUUUCCUCGAAUAUCUCAGGUUGCCCAAAAGCAAGAGGACGGAAGCGUUUGCAAGACUUGCACGAGAAUGA